AUGGGCAGGACAGAAUGGGGAGGCGCGGAUGGGGACGACGACGUGGGCAGUCCGGGGAGGGCGGAGGGGCCGACAGCGGAGGAGGCGGGGAAGCGGAGGGAGCGCAUGGGGGCGGAGAUGCGCAAGGCGGUGGCGCAGCUGGACAAGGCGGAGCCCGCCGCCGUUAUCGACGGGUUGCAGCGCCUGCACGCGCGCAUCGUGAAGCACGGCGCGCGGGCCGUCGACGCGUACGUGCGCGUGUCGCCGCCGGACUGGCUGCAGCUGCUCCGCCUGUGGGACGCCUGCCACCGCCGCGGCGCCUCGCACCAGGUGGCUCUCCCCCUCAUGGCGGUGCUGGCGGACAUCCUCGCCCUCGCCGCGCACACGCCGCGCCCUCUCCCCCACACACCCGCGCGCGCCCCUCCCUCCGUCCCUCCACCUGUGCUGGGCGCGCCUCUGUCUCUCCCCCGCCGCAUAGAGGCGUUGGCGCGCGCCCUGCUGCCGCGGUGCUGCAGGAAGGGCGGCCUCUACGCGCAUCUCUCCUCCCCUUCCCACGCGCACGCCACCUCCGCCCUGCGCCUGCUGCUCGCGCUCUCCCUCAUCACCCCCGCCCUCACGCGCUACCUCCUCCUCUCCUUCGACUUCUCCCUCCCUGCCCUCCCCGCCCUCACCCAGCCCCCCGCGCCCUCCCAGGCGCCGGGCAGCGGGGGGAGAGGGAGAGGCGAGAGGGGGAAGCACGUGGGCGCACGAGGGGGGGCAGCAGGCGCCGUGUUCUGGUCUGGCACACCAGCGGUGGUCGUGGGCGGCGAGCAGGGGGAGCAGGCGGAGCAGGGGGAGCUGGGGGAGGAGGGGGAGGAGUUGGAAGAGGGGGAGGAGGGGGACGAGGGGGUCGAGGGGGCGCUAGGGGUGUUGCUGGGCAAGCAAGGGGAGGGGGCGUGCGCGGACGUUGGGGAGGUGCCAGCGCGCGUGCUGAUGGCGGAGUGGGUGGUGGCGUGCCUUUCUGUGGCGGACGCCGCCACUCUCACGCACGCCCUCGUGGCGCACAGGCACAACCUGGCCGGCAUUCUCUGGCGUCUAGUGGGCGACCACCCCGUGACAGCUGGCAAGGUGUUGUGGGUGCUGCAGGCGCGGGUCAUGGCUGCCAGUAGCAAUGUGCCACGUGGCCUGCAGGGAGCUCUGUUCGGGGAUAGUGCGCUUGAACAGAUGGCGCGUGUGGCGGGGAGGGAGGAGGGGGGCGGCGGGGAGGGGGGUGCGGGGGCGGUGGCAGCAGGGAUGGCGCUGCAGGUGCUCCUGGCCGUGUGCACGCACGCCCGCCAUGGCGUGCUCGUGGGGGGAAGUGGGGGGGGCGCGCUUCAGGGGAGACCGCAGGAGGGGAUGGAAGAAGGGGGGGAGGGGGAGGAUAUGGCGGAGGAAGGGAUUGGAGCAGGGGGCAAGGAAGGGCAGGGGGGAGCGGCGGGCACGGAGGGUGCGGGAGGGGUGUGGGAGGGGGAGUCGGGCAAGGGCGGAUUGGCCUCCUCCGCUGCCGAUUCCCAAGCCUCCUCUCAUUGGUCGGCCGGCAUGGAUCGUCUCAUUCGCCUCGCGCGUGGACUGCAUGUGCUGCAGUGUGCGGCGCACCGCUCGCUGCUGCUGGCCAUGGCCCAGGCGUGCCCUCCCCUGGCUGCCGCCUACCUGCAGCGCCCUCCCUUCUCGCUGCACCCCACGCCGCAUGCCCACUGGUUCGCGGGCAUGGCCCUGGUGAGCCGCCUCGUGCGCAUCUGCUCCACAAUGCCCCUCCUCUCCGCCUCCGCGCCCUUCUCCCUGCACCUCCCCUCGCCCAACGUCUCUCCUCUCCUCGCCCGCGUGCUCCCCCCGUGCCUUCCGCGCCCCGCUCUCACGCGCGCCCUGCUGCACCGCUCGCCCCGUGUGCGCCUGCUGGCGCUCUGCACGCUGCUCGACUGCCUCUCCGCCGCCCUGCCCCUCCUCGCCCUCGCCCUCCCCCUCGCCGCCACGCACGCCGGCGCGGGUGCAGCGGGAGAGGCAGAUGAGGGAGGCGAGGGAGGGUUGUGGUGGGCGAGAGCGAAUGAGGGUGGGGAUGGGGGAGAGAGGACGAGCGAGGUGAAUGUGGAGGCGGUGGAGGCACGGCAGGUGGCGGGCAGGUAUUGGAGCGUGGUGGUGGCGGGAGUGCGCGUGCAUGUGGUGGGCGCCGUGCCCGACGUGCAGAUCGUGCUGGGCGUGCUGGCUGCCUCUCAGCCCAGCAGGGGCGAGGGGGGCGCGGACGAGGGCGGACACGUGGCCCCACGAGAGGGGGCAGUGUGUGGGGUGAGGCGGGCAGGGGGCGCAGGGGAGGGCGGCAGGCGGAAGAGAGGGCGGGGUGCAGCAGGUGAGUGGCAGGUGAUGGAGGACGGGGGGGGUGAGGGGGAGGAGGGGAAGGAGGAGGAGGGGGAGGGAGAGAUGGGAGAAGUAGAGGAAGAAGCGGAGGAAGAGGAGGGGGAGGAGGGGGAGGAGGGGGAGGAGGUGGGGAUGGAUGAUGAGAUGGAUGACGAGGAGGAGGGAGGGCGCUGGUCGGUUCGCCUGCUGUUGCACUGCAAGGCUCUGCGCCUCCUCGCUCUCUACCAGGUACUCCUCGCUCUCUACCAGGUACUCCUCGCUCUCUACCAGGUACUCCUCGCUCUCUACCAGGUACUCCUCGCUCUCUACCAGGUACUCCUCGCUCUCUACCAGGUACUCCUCGCUCUCUUCCAGGUACUCCUCGCUCUCUACCAGGUACUCCUCGCUCUCUACCAGGUACUCCUCGCUCUCUACCAGGUACUCCUCGCUCUCUACCAGGUACUCCUCGCUCUCUACCAGGUACUCCUCGCUCUCUACCAGGUACUCCUCGCUCUCUACCAGGUACUCCUCGCUCUCUUCCAGGUACUCCUCGCUCUCUACCAGGUACUCCUCGCUCUCUACCAGGUACUCCUCGCUCUCUACCAGGUACUCCUCGCUCUCUACCAGGUACUCCUCGCUCUCUACCAGGUACUCCUCGCUCUCUACCAGGUACUCCUCGCUCUCUUCCAGGUACUCCUCGCUCUCUACCAGGUACUCCUCGCUCUCUUCCAGGUACUCCUCGCUCUCUUCCAGGUACUCCUCGCUCUCUACCAGGUACUCCUCGCUCUCUUCCAGGUACUCCUCGCUCUCUACCAGGUACUCCUCGCUCUCUACCAGGUACUCCUCGCUCUCUUCCAGGUACUCCUCGCUCUCUACCAGGUACUCCUCGCUCUUCACCAGAGGGUGGUGCCGGCUGCUGUGGCCGCCUGCCACGUGGAUCCGCUGCGCUUCCUGCGCGCCGACCUGCCCUCGCUGCCCCCCCCCUUGCUGCGAGCCACUCUGCGCCUCCUCCUCGCCUUCUUCCCACCUCCUUCUCAACGCACCCUCACAUUCCCCGGGCCUGGGACUGGAGGAUCGCACAGCACGCUGCCCCUGCCUGCACCGGCUGAAGCGCCACCGGCUGGGGACGAGUCCCUCUGCACCUUUCCGCUGCACAGCCACCUGCUGCCGCUGCUGCUGCUGCGCCUCUCCCCCCCGCCCGCUGACCUCGCGCCCGAUGUUGACUGGCUCUGCACCGCUGCCAUGCUCUCCUCACAUGCAUUCCAUGCCCGCCAAUCAGAGGCUGUCAUCUGGCUUCGCUUCCUGCCCACCAUGGCGCCUGGCAGUGCUGGCAGCAGUGCGGCGGCAGCACGAGGGGUGGCGGCGUUUCUGGCGGAUGCCGUGGCGUGUGUGGCCCGCGCGCCCCUCAAGUACCUGCUCGCCCUCCCUGCCGCCUCUCCACCCCCCGCCCAUGCAUCCCACUGCCCCUCCUGCCGUGCCCGGGGCCACACCCCCAUGGGCUCCCUGGGUCCCUUCCCUGCCUGCAUUCUCACCAACUGCAUCAAAGUGCUGCAUGCAACCUCCCCCUCCCCCGCCUCCUCCUCUUCCUCCUCUUCCUCCUCCUCCUCUCUGCCAGUGCAGCUUGCCAUCGCCACCUUCACCUGCAACGCCCUCACGCACCUCAUCUCCCUUCAGCGCCCGCUCAAACCAUGUCUUGCCACGUGCAUGCUGCUGCUGCAUCCACACACUCAUUCCCUCCUUUGUCCGUUCCUGCACCCUCCUGUGUCUGUGCCUGCACCCUCCUGUGUCCGUGCCUGCACCCUCCUGUGUCCGUGCCUGCACCCGUUCUGUCCGCCUUGUCCUGCCCGCCUCUUCUCUUCUCGUUGCCGUGGCUAUCAACAGGAAUGCCCUCUCCCGCUCGCUGCUCUCAUCACUCACAUCCUCCGCCCUGCCCUGUCCUCCUCCUCUUCCACCACCACCUCCCCCUCCGCCUCGUCCUCCCCCACGCCACACGGUCGCCCCCCUCUCUCUGCGUCGCUGCUCUGCCUGCAAGCGCUGCUGGAGUCGGCCGCCUCGCUGCUUCCUGCUCAAGCUGAGGGGCAGCCCGCGGGGAGGGGAAAGAGGCCGCACAGUGCGGCUGGGGCGGGUACUCACAGCUGCGACGCCUGUGAUGCUGGCAAGCGCGCAGCAGUGGAGGCAGCAGUGGGGGCGGCAGAGGCGGAGCAAGCGAGUGGCAGGGACGCUGCCCUCUCACACUUCACUCUCGCCCUCUCCUCUGCCCAUCCACCCUCGCUCAUCUCCCUCCUCCCUCGCCUCGCCUCGCUCGCUGCCUCCCUUCCUCCACCCGCCAUGCCUCUUCUCUCCUCCACUCUCUGUGCGCACGCCCUCCUCCCCUCGCUGCUGCCAGUGCACGCGCCUGUGCUGCUGGAAGCGAGUGUGCUGGCGCAGCAAGCACUGCUGCCUGCCGCCACCUGCCACCACCACCACAUGUCCCCCGCAGUGACCUCACCACUGCCUCUCCUCCUCCCCCCCAUGCCCUCUUCUCCCCACCCCUCCACGAUUGCUCUCUCCCACCUCCUCCUCUCCCUGCCCUUUGCGCCUCUGCUCUCCCUGUGCGUGCGCGCCCUGCUCGCCCCCCUCAAGCUCCACCGCCGCCUCGCCUCCUGCCUUGCUGCGCUGCUGCUGGCCCGCCUGCGCCUGCCGUCGCCCCCCGUGCUGCAAGAGAGGGCCGCAGGGGCAAGCCACGCACGCCUGGGCGAAGGAAGUUUGUGGGGGGAGAGGAGGGGGGAGGUGGGGAGGGCUGUUGUGUUUGAACUGGGGCGAGUGCUUGGCGUGGGUACGGCGGGGGGCGAGCAGGUGGGGGGGGCGGAGUGGAGGCGGCGGCAGCGCUGUGUGCGUGUGUGCAUGGCGGCACUGGAGGCCACCCUCAUGCCGCCACCGCUGCCCUCGCCCUCCCACCCCGUGCACGCUGACAGCGCGUGGAGCGACGGACGGGACGAGCAGGGGCAGCAGGGUGGAAUGGAGGAUGAGAGUGCUUCCGAGGGCACCCUUCUCCUAUGGCAGGCCUGUCAGCCAUUCCUGUGCGCCGCCCACCACUCCCUUGCUGCCUCCCUCGCGCCCUUCCUCCCUCCCCACUCCCCGUCCCCCCCUGCCUGCCCCUCGCCUGUGCGCUCUGCCUCGCAUGCGGUGGUGCUGGUGGCGCCAGGGAGGAGCGGCGAGGGCGGGGUGGGGGGCAGAGCGCAGGAGCAGAGCAGGGUGUGGCGACAGGUGGGAGGAGGGGCGCUGGGCGACUGGCACUUCGACUUCAACACCAGCUGUGUCACGUGGAGGGGGGAGGGAGAUGGCGGGGGAGGAGCGGAAGGGGCUGGGGAGGAGGCAGUGCAAGAGGAGGCAGCGCAAGGGGUGGCAGUGCCAGUGAGCGUGGUGGUGGCGCUGUGGCUCUCUCGUUUCAUUGCCCUGCCGUGCCACUCCUCCCCGUCUCCCCUUGUGCAGCCCGCCCCUCCCUGUGCCUCUGCUAUUCAGCCCGCUCUUGCCCCUUCCUGUCCGCACGUCACCCGUGUCCCCUCCUCGCCCUGCCUUGCCAGCCUGGCAGCAUGGGCGGGAUGGAUGGCAGCAGUGCUGCAGGGAAUGGCGCACGGGAGGAUGGCGGAUGGGAGCAUGGUGAUUGGGGGUGGGGCAGCAGGGGAUGGUGAGAGGGAGAGUGUGAGGGGGGCAUGUGAGCACAUGGCGUUGACAGUUGCAUGUGUCACAUUCCAACACGCCAAGGCAGCUGUGGGCGAGGGGCGUGGUGGGUUGCCGUGGGUGGCCCCACAGCCACUGCCGCAGGCACUGCAGCACAGCACUUCACGUGGGGGGGCGAACGUGUGUGCGCAUGGGGCGCUCACAGCGCUGGUGGAGGCGGCCCUGCACGCGCUGCUCACACGGGCCACACGCCAAGCAGAGCACACAGCUAUCGCGGCACUGGAAGCUGCCGUGCACCUGCCCUGCCUGCACAUCUGGCCAAGCCCUGUGGCGUGCCACGCACCGUGCUCGCACGUGGCGCGUGUGUGCCCUGCAGCCCUUGAGCGGCGCGUCAUUCACUCGUGCGUGCACCACCCCUCGUGGCGCCGUGGCAACCUGCUCUCGCUGCUCCUCGCUGCUCACGCACGCCCUGAGGAGCGCACAGGGAGCAGCAGGGUGGCGGGCGAGGUGGUGCAGGCUGUGGCUGAGUGGAUGGGUGGCGAGGAGAGGCAGUGGUCGGGCGCACGCUCAGCGAAGGGUGUGAGGGGCAGGGCGGAUGCAGGAGGUGGUGUGGGGCAUGCGUGGUGGCAGGAUGGGGACGGGUGGAUACGCAUGCUCAUGCUGCUGCCUGCAGUGGCUGUUGCUGUGGGCGAGGAGGGCGAGGGUGGAGGGGCAGCAGGUACGAGUAUGGUGGCGUGCACGUACAGAGACAUGCUCCUCGCCCUGCUUUCUCCCUGCACCCCGCCCUAUACCGCCGCAAUCACCCCUCCCUGCCACCUUCCCCUCUCCCAUCUUCCUCCUCACAUCCUUCCCUCCUUGCUAUCGUACGUCCCCGCUCUUCUCCACUCGCUGCUGCUCGCUCAUCCCCUCCCCCGCUUGCGCCUCGCCUCGCUCGUCCACGUGGUGGUGCCACACGAGCAGCAAGAGGGCGGUAUGCAGGGGGGAGGCAAGGGCGCACGUGGAAAAGGGAGGGGCAGUGGGAACGGCAGGGGGGAGGUGGAGGACAGUAGAGGAGGGGUGAUUGGAGGUGGGGGGUGGCGUGUGCAGGGGGGCUGUGUGACGGCUGACUCGCUGCUGCAGGUGGCACUGGCGUCCCGGCUGGCCUGCACCGGCCCCGUGCCCACGGCGCCCUGCAGCACUGGUAGCGCUGCUGGUGCUGGCAGUGCCGGCGCUGGCAGCUGCAGUGGGGAGAGGGAGAGCACGAGAAGGGUUUGGGGAACACCUGCUGCACAGAUGAGGGUUUUGGCUGCCCUUUUGAAUCUUCUUGGAAGCAUCUUCCCUCUCGCACCAGAGGCACAAGUGGCUGUGGUGACGGGCAGUGGUGGUGGCAGUGGGUGCGGGCAAAGAAAGCGUGUGGGGGGAGAAGGUGAGAGGGCAGUGGGUGGUGGGCGGGUGACAAUGGCAGCGAGAGAGCUUCAGCAGGUGGCUGCCGUGCACGUGGCUCGUGUGGCCACGCACCUGGCACGUGCACUCACUGCUGCUCCACCUGCUCCCGUGUCGCCACACCCGCCACCAUCUCCCACCGCCCCGCUCGUCCCCCUGCCUCUGCUGCAGCACGGCCUGGCCUCGCUGCGCCUUGCAGCCGUGGCGUGCCUCAAGCACCGCUUCGCCCACCCUCUCGCCUUCCACUCCCUCACCCUCGCCUGCCGUGCCCUGCUCGCCGCCGCCACUGCCCCCUCCGUGCACCCACCGAAGCAUCCCGUGCCAGCAGCACCGCCACCGUCACAAUCGCCGUCACAAGCCGCGGCAGCAGCGGUGUCCAGCGUGGGGUGCGCCCUCUUGGACCUCCUCCUCGCGCACUCUCGCACUCUGCCUCUCCUCCUCUCCCCCUCCGCUGGCCCCUCCGCCGCCCCCCUGCCUGCAGCGCUGGCCCACCAACUGCACAAGGACAGCAGCAGAGCUGUAUCGCUCCCGUCGCCCCUCUCCCUCAUCCCCUCUCCCCUCCUCCCCGAUCUCCCCCUCAUUGCCGCAUCCUGCCCGCCCUCUUCUGCUCGCAGUCCUCCCGGGGCAGCGUGGCAGGUGCAAGAGGGGCAGCGAGAUGCAGACAGGGAGGAGUUGGGGGAGGAAGCAGAGAUGGGGGCAGGCGUUGAGGUGAAGGUGCGGGCCAGUGAGCUCCUGCACUCGUGCCUUCACUCCCCCAUGCUCUGGCCGCUCGCACUGCCAUGCGAGGCACCAAACCAUGCAACGAGGGAGGGAAGAGAGGGUGGAGAGGGGGAGAGGGCUGACGGGGAGGCAGGAAAGCGAAGGAAGAGGACGAGGGGAAAGGGAGGAUCAGAGGGGGAUGAGGAGGGCGAGUGUGCAGGUGAGGGCGCAGCGCGGUUGGAAUUGCUGCGGCUGAUGACUGUCUUCUUGCGAAUGAGGCUAUGCCACGUGUCUGGCCGUGUGUGCUCCUCGGCGUGUCGCCGUGCCAUGCAGUCGCUCUUUGCGCUGCUGCUCGCCCUCUACGGCGCCACCCUCAGCCCCACCGACCGCGCGCUGCUCGCCCUCAUGCACCUCCUCACACGCCUUGCACGCCGCGACAUGCCACGUGCGGCAGCCCACAUCGAGGGGGGGGAACAGCAAGCUGCGCAGGCAGCAAGGGAUGCUGAUGGGGUGAGCGCGGUGGGUGCAGAGGAGUUCCUGGGUUUUGAGUGGUUUGACUAUCUUUGGGGCCAGGGGGCCGCAUCACGCUGGGAGUGGCAGCAGGGGAGGGGACGAGCACCAGCACAGGCAGGGGGUGAGGGCCAGGCAGAACGUGCUGCACAAGAUGGCAGGGAGAUGGGGGUAGCGAGGGGGAAGGAGGUGGGUGGGAAUGGUGAUGGUGUGUUUGAGGGGCGCGAGCAGCGGCAGUGGCGGUUCUGGUGGGAGGAGGCGGCGGUGGACGCCACGCGCUGUGGGCUGCUCGUGCUCGCCUUCCCUGCCCUCCGCCACGCACACCUGGGGGGGGAUGCAGGCGAGCAGGGGCGAGAUGGAGAGGGAGGGGGAGUGGAGGACGUGGAGCAGGAGAGCGAGGGGGUGAGUGAGUGGAUGGGGCACGGGGGCACGCGCAUGUGCAUGUGCAGUGCGAGCUGCAGGGGAGGCCAGGGUGACCCUUGUGUGUGGCAGCAGGCUGGGAAGGGCCACCCCCUGCGCGGGUCAGCAGCAGCUCAGGACGUGGCGGUGCAGCAGGCCGCCUACGACCCCGCCUUCCUGCUCCCCUUCACCCUGCACGCCCUCUCCCGCCGCCUCCUCUCCCCCCGCAUGGCUGCCCGCUCCGGCCUCGUGGCGGCUGCCAUUGCCAGCCUGGCGUCGGCGCAGCACAGCAUGCGGCGCCUGGGCUACGCCACCCUCGCACUCUUCGCCGCUCUGCUCGAGGAGCAGGAGGAGGGGUGGAGGGAGCAGCACGCCGUGCAGCACGUGGUGCGCUGUGUGCGGGCCACCGUCACCACCACGUGGCAGCGCCUGCCGCGCCUCUCUGUGCUCUUCAUGGCGGAAAUGCUCCAAGUCAUGCACCUGGGGGGAGCCUCUCCUCUCUUUCCUCUCCUCUCCCAAUCGCUUCUCUCCCAACCAUCCUUCAACCCCACGACCGUGCCAUUGCUGCUGCCGUGCCUCAUGAGCGGCUCGCCCCACCACCGCGCCCAGCGCACGUGGCUGCUGCACCUCCUGGCCGCCCUCGCCCUCCCACCCUUCCAUGCCUCCUCUGCAGCCUCCGCCCCUUUGAUACUUCCCCUUGCCCCACAACCGGCUGCUGGAGGGGAAGGGCAAGAGAUGGGUGGUGGCAGGGGGGACGGUGACAAGGUCGGCAAUGGGGAUGGGGGCAGUGGCAACGCAGACGAAGGACACGAGGCUGGCAGUUUUGAGGGGGAUGCUGUUCUGCGGCGCCGCUUUGUUGUGGAGCUUCUGGGAAGUUUCUUCGCGUGUGGGGUGAGCGAUGUGUUCACCUGCAAGCUGAUUCUGCAGGUGCUGCGGCGCGUGUGCUGCCUGCCGUCGUACGCGGGCCACCUGGUGCGGCAAGGCGGGCUGCUGCUGUGGCUCACAGCCGUUGUGCUCUCUGCCUCGCACAGCCUCCACCGUGCCCACGCCCACACCGCCCACCUCGCUCUCCUGCUGCCUACCACUCCACGCGCACUGCAGCUCGCUGGAUCCCCUGCAGCCACAGCAGGAGCACCUGCUGCAGGGCGGGCAGAGGGGAGGCAGUCAGAAGUUGAUGUUCUAGCGCUCGCGGUGGAGGUGCUGCAUGGGCUGCUCUCAUGCCCAUGCAUGCAUGCAGCACUGCUCUCACAUGCUACCUCAACUUCCCAUCACCUCCUCCUCCUCACCUGUGCAUUGGAACGUGCGUUACACACAGUGUCUCACAGCACCCAGCCCCUCUCGCCCUCUUCCCUUGGGCUCGCAAGGCUCACCCAUGCUGCCCUGGUGCAGCUGAUUGCGGUGUUGCCAGAAUUCAGAAAGCACUUAGGGAAAUAG